CUCAUAUACACAUAUGUUUCACUGUUGGAGUCAGUUUGUUGUAGUAAUAAAUUUAUGGUGAGAAGCACACCCUUUCUUUAAAAUAAAACAUCUACCAUUGAACUACUCUCUCCCCGGUAAGUUGCAACAUUAAUUGCCUCAUUAACAAAAACUACUACGCAGAUCAGAAAACCUCUGCCCCCUACCUUCUCCCCUCUCUUCGAUCGGUACUAUUUCAUAUAAACAGCAAUUAAUUAUAAGAUUUGAAGAAGAUGAAGUAUGUCCCGGCAUUCUUCUCCAAAUCUUCCGAAGCAACACGUCCUCCGUGGAGUCCUAAAACCGCCUCCUCUGGCGAACCCAAUGCCGAGGCCGUCGGUGAUCAGUACUUGUCUUCUCCGGAGGAUGAGUGCGUGGAGAAUGUCAUCAAAGGGCUGAAGUCAUCCGAACGGCUCUUCUUUGAGCCGGGACAAGCCAUCAGCUUCAAACGGAGCAAGGAGGAGGACGAGGUGGAGGCGGCGGUCAAGGAAGAAGAAGAAUGCCCUAUCAAGGAGAGUGUGGCAUUGUCAAUGGAGUCAAUGGACCCUCUUUUGGACUUCAAGAGAUCGAUGGAGGAGAUGGUGGCAGCCCAUCAUCAUGACUUGGACUGGGAGUUUCUUGAGGAACUGUUGACUUGCUACCUCAAAAUGAAUGAGAAAAGAAACCAUGGAUUCAUUGUUGGAGCCUUUGUGGACUUGUUGGUUUCGCUUUCUAUGGCAGCUUCUUCUUCAGGGGAAGGAAAUGGUUUCUUGCGAUCCUGCACUGCUACCCAUUCUUUUACCUCUCCUUUAUCUUUUUGUUCUUCCACUUGCUCCGUCACCAGUCCUACUCUGUCCUCCUCUGCCGCACAGGAAGCUCAAGAUGAGAUUCAAAGUUCCGCUGGCACCGUUUGAUCAAUGAUCAAUCCAUAGAUCGAUUAUUGUUCUGUGAUUUGAAUUCAUCAAGAUCCAGCUAGCUAACUACUUGAAUAUAUAUGGAACGCACUUAAUUAAUUAAAGGCCGGGGAUAUAUAAUUGCAGUAGCUGUUAUACAUAUAUUAGCAAGCUAAGGGAUCACUUCCUUUUUUCUUUUGUGGUUCGUUUGGAACUAGCUAUAAGUGAUGUUUAGAAUGGGAGUUAUUAACGUAGAUAUCUACACACAGUACAUGCACUUAAUUUGACAUUUUAAUCUCAUGGUAAAAUAUUGUAUUCAUAAUUCUGAAAUCAAUUCUGCUAAUU